UGUUGGAGACUUCACGGACCCGCUGGUUCAAAGCACGAGAGCUAGUUGGGAUCGGGCUGCAGAGAUUCAUACUUGAGCCUGGAGGACUUCAGAAGUUUGCAUCGUUGGUGGGUGGGGUUUACGUUUGCACAUGACAUCGUCAAACGAUCACAUGACUCACUCUCCACAACUUCUCUUUGGUUGCUCAUGAUGGCUUUGAGAAGAGCUCUGCACUUCGUUUUUAAAGUAGGGGACAGACCCCGAACGGCCACGUUUUACAGAGAUGUACUUGGUAUGCAGAUUUUACGGCACGAAGAAUUUGAAGAGGGCUGUAAAGCUACAUGCAAUGGGCCUUAUGAUGGAAAGUGGAGUAAAUCCAUGGUAGGAUUUGGACCUGAAGAUAACCACUUUGUAGUUGAGCUCACCUACAACUAUGGGGUGGCUGAGUAUCGGCUUGGCAACGAUUUCUUAGGUCUAACGCUACAGUCCAGCCAGGCGGUCAGUAAUGCCAAGAGACUAGGCUGGUUGCUUGUCGAAGCUGGUGAAGGGAUGUUUGUAACAGAAGCACCCGGAGGCUACAAAUUCUAUAUAGUGGACAAGGAACAGCCAGAAGCAGAUCCAGUGCAAAAAGUGACUCUGGCAGUGUCAGACCUUCAGAGAUCCACUCACUACUGGUCUAGCCUUCUGGGGAUGAAAAUCUAUGAAAAAAAUGAGGAGAAGAAGUCAGCUCUUCUUGGAUAUGCAGACAACCAGUGCAAAUUGGAGCUUCAGGACAUACAAGGUACUGUCGACCAUGGAACAGCCUUUGGGAGAAUUGCCUUUUCAUGCCCUAGAGAGCAGCUGCCUGCUAUUGAAGCAUUGAUGAAGAAAGAGAAUCAGAAAAUCAUAACCCCACUAGUCAGUCUUGACACACCUGGGAAGGCAACAGUGGAGGUGGUUAUUUUAGCCGAUCCAGAUGGCCAUGAGAUCUGCUUUGUGGGUGAUGAAGCCUUCAGAGAGCUCUCCAAGUCUGACCCCAAAGGAAACUCCCUACUAGACAAGGCAAUGGCAGAAGACAAAAGUGAUGAAUGGUUUGCAAAGCAUCAGAAGCAGAAAGCCCACGCAUAAGUAAAAGCUUUACAUGGAUCACCAUCUUCAGGACAAAACUCAGCUCUUCUUUCAUAAGUCUUCAAAUGAGUCUGUGAUGAAUGCAUUUAGUUAUGUUUAUACUGUGUACUUAAAUAUAUUUUCUGGAAAUGAAAUAAGCAAAUAGGCUCUGAAAAUAAAGACUAAACAAGUUUAAACACCCUUCUGUAAAAACGUUUAUAUACUCCAAGUAGAUUUCAGUAAGGAGUGGUAGAUCACAAAGUUAACAGAAAACUAAUCACAAAGUAAACAGUAAGAUUAGAAAAGGCAUUGCUGGAGUAACAAGGCUUGUGCUCAUAACAAAUCAGAACAGAAGAAAAUACUGACAAUGGAAAGAUGUCUUGAAUCUAUUCUGGUUAUCAUCAAGUAGCAUAAAAAAAUAAAAAUGAUGUUGCUAGCACUUAUCUUUGAAUGUAAUCUGCAUUUUGUAGACAGCAUGCUCUCCCUGAAACACAGAUUCAUUUAAUUUGCAGUCUUGGCUCAAUGCAUUAUUCUUCACCACACAUUUCAGAAUGGGCACCAGAAGGACAAAACAUAAAGGAAGUAGAUAUAAAUAGUAGUUUGGCUUUUAAUGGUGGUUUCAGUAUUAGAAAAAAACACACUUGUAUUAAGGCAUGGGAAAAGAAGCACCUUUCUAUAGUAAAAGUCUCGGGUUUAACAGCGAAAAUAAGAUUAUAGGUGAGUUCUUGUCUCCUUUGCUGUGUCUAAGUGAUUUAGAUCAAAUAAAUGGUCCAAAGGCAGGAUGGCUUGAUGAAUUUCAGCAAGAUAGGACUUGAAUGUUAAAGCUUUGCGGUUCAAAGACAGACACUGGGUGGUAGGCUAUGUUAUUUGCUGUUUGUUAUCUCAUUCAAGUAUUAUUUACAAAAAUUAGUCCAGUAAACAUUUCAAUUCCUCUAAAUACUCAGUCUUGUCUCUGCUUCACACUGUAGCUAAAGAGUUUAGCAAGUAGGUGAUUAUGUAAUGAUUUUGUGCUUAACCUCAGUUCUGUCCAACUUUGUAGUUUUACAUUUAAAAAGAAUUUUAUAACUUAAAAUGAUUGUUACAUGGCAUCUAAAUAUGGCUAGUACAAAUUAAAAUACUUGUAAUUAUUUGUAUAGUAAAUAUAUGUGCAAAUAUACAAAAACAUCACAUCUGCAUAAUGAUUUAAAGCAUGCAUUACAGGGAUAUUUUAUUAUUAUUACUAUUCACUGCAAUAUCUAGUAUAAUACUUUACACCUUAGUAUUCUCAAAUCUGCCCAGGCCUGUGGUCUGUCCAAGAACAAACUCUAACAUUUCAGCUGAGCCUACAUUAUCUGUUAUUAUGCCUAGUUUAGUAUCAAUUGUUAAAUUGACCAGCUGGUAAUUUAUAUUUUUAGCAAUACACUUUAAUACAGAUACCAGAUGUAAUCCCCCCACAAAGUUUCAAAUAAUGGAAACAUAAAAUUUUGAGUUAGGAGUACAUUAAAUAAACUGAUUUGUGCAUUGCAUUGAUUACAAUGAAAUUCUUUAUUUUAAUAACAUCUUGUUUAUCAUGAUGCCAGAGAGUGUUGGUUGAGCAUGCAAAUAAGAAUUUUACUGUACUCUGUACAUGUGAUAACAGUAAUACUACAACUAGAACUAAAUGUGUAUUGAGAUAUUGCUACUUAUAAAAGGUGAUGUACAGUGUUUGCCCUGUAAAAGGUCCUGAGGAAAAAACAUUACACCAAUAUGGAUCUUCUGUUGGUAGUUUUUUGGGGUAGUCAAACAUGGCACUUUUCAGUUUGAUUAUUGCUAACCACAAUAAACCCCAUUCACAAAAAGCA